CAGAGGAGAGGAAACGGGACGACGGACAGACAACAGACAGACGAACGGACAGAUCUGCAGGACUCUGCUGAUGAUGACCCGUCCCUUUGUCGUCUCUCAGGCCACGUAUUGAUCAGCAGGUCAGAGGUCAAAGGUCAGGGGUCACAGGAUGAGCUCCACCUUCUCUUCGUCAUUCUUCGGUCCUGGUGGUCUGAGGUUUGGUCUGGCGCCCUCCAGCGGACACUGUGAGGACCAUGGCGCGGCGCAACCUUCGGACCCAGUGUCGGGGCCGGUCCCGUUCCUCCUGUACCCUCCCCCUGUGGACAGGGCCAAUCUGGGAGGGUUCUACAAAGGCCCUCUCCUGCCCUACCUGCCCCCCUUCCACCACCACGGACACUUCAGUGUCUACGAGUGUCCCUUUGAGCCCGCCUUCAUCCAGAAGAGGAAUGAGCGCGAGCGCCAGCGGGUCAAGUGCGUGAACCAGGGCUACGCUAAACUGCGGGACCACCUGCCGGGUCACAGCGCCGACAAGAGGCUGAGCAAGGUGGAGACUCUGCGGGCCGCCAUCCGGUACAUCAAGUACCUGCAGGGACUGGUGGAGCCCGAGGACGGAUCUGGGGGGGGACAGAGACCCGGGUCCACAUCUCCAGGUCCGGACUCUGAGGGCUUCACCUGUUAGAGAAGAAAACACUAAGACCCAGGUCCACUGGGUCCAUGUGUCCUAGUCCAACAGGGGACAGAGACCCAGGUCCACAUCCCCUGGUCAGGAGGACAGAGACCUUGGUCCACGUCUCCUGGUCCAAUGGGGGACAGAGACCCGGGUCCUCGUCUCCUGGUCUGAUGGGAGACAGAGACCCGGGUACACGUCUGCUGGGCUGAUGGGGGACAGAGACCCGGGUCCUCGUCUCCUGGUCUGAUGGGAGACAGAGACCCGGGUCCACGCCUCCUGGUCCGAUGGGGGACAGAGACCAUGGACAUAAACACAUUUAAAACUCAAAUCCACUUCACAUCCUGUUUUUUCUGAUCAUGAAUUCAUAAAUCUUACAUCUGUGAAUGUUUUUAAUAUUUUGUUUCUCACUGUUAGUUUUAUUACUUCAAACAUUUGUUAUAAACUUGUGACUUUAUGUUUGUUUGUUUGUUUGUUUUUUAUCAUUUAGCUGGCAUCAGGCAUCACCCUGUGAUCAAAUUUACUAUAUAGAUAUUCUCAAUAUCUGAUACAAUAAAUAAUAAAACAACACAGCAUUAAAACUAGGACAUAAAAAGAAAAAUCCAUCUGAAACACUGCAUCAUAAACAAGUGAAGAAUAUUUAUCGUUAAGCAAAAAUUCAGUUAAAUAAAGCCUGAAUGAAUCUGGAAAAUAAUGUAAAAAUACAACAAACUAAACCCUAAAGGGGUCAUUUUUGCUAAACCCACUUUUAUUA